AUGUCUCCUCUCAAUUUGGUUCUCAGAACCGCUUUCAUUAUUUCUUGUAUAUCGACUUCUUUUGCUGCAGUCUGCAAUGACCAAACUCGAGCUUUUGGGGAUCCCUCUGGAGAGGAAUUAGCUGCAUUCCUCAAUUCUGAAGAUCAGAUCUCCCUGUUUUGUUCGGUGGAUGUAUCAGGGAAGACUUCAGGGAGUGUUAACUUCUCAGACUUCCAGAUCUCUUUUGAGCGCAGUGAUACCUCCAGUUCAACCUUGGAGCAUUGUACGGAAGCACUCCUUGAUAUCAUAUCCCAGUGCAUUGAGCCUUCCGAUCCAGGAACUUAUGGAGGAAGCUCAACAUUUGAAAAUGGAGAAACAUACACCAUCAGCAACGACUUGUAUCCUCAAGCACCCAUUGUCUCCAUAAAUCUAAAGAACCGAGCAGUGGAGGAUGCCGCCAAACCGAAGCCUCCUAAAGUCACAACGAAAUCAACUCCCAAAACAACUCGAACCAAAACAUCUGUAGCACAAGCAACCACUAGUCCAAAAACCACAGCAACUACUCCAAAGCCAACUCCGACUUCUGUGACUACGAGUCCGAAGACCACACAAACUACCCCUACUACAUCUAAAUCAUCGACUACCAAGACGAGUUUAUCUUUAGAAACUCCGAAAACGAUAGCAACUUCCACUAGUUCCAAAACUACACAGACAAUUCCCACUUCUUCGAAAUCCUCCACAUCCACAUCUACCAUCAAGACAAGUGUAGCUUCUGAGACUCCCAAAACAACAUCUUCAGCCACUACUUCAAAAUCUACCGAUUCCAGUAGUCUCUCAACAAAAAGCUCUUCCAUGACCAGCCUAACCAGUCUAUCUUCCCAAACCCCCAAGACAACUUCCAUAACCACGACUUCAAAAUCUCAAGUAACCACCUCAAUAACAUCCCAAUCAUCGACUUUGAACACGAGUCCAUCCCCUGCAACUCCCAAAACAACUUCGGUAGCCACCAUUUCGCAAUCCACAGAACUCCUACCUCCAACUUCAAAGUCCACAACUUCUAGUAUCAUCUCCUCGAAGAUUUCUUCCCCCAGCAGUCUCUCCUCAAGUCAAACUUCAACAAAGAAAAGUGGUACUAGCACUAGCACUACUUCCAUCUCCUCAACCAAAGGUUCUUCCGCCAUCACACCCGACGCUUCCACCUCAACCAAACCAUCUCCAAGUACCAUCCCAUCUUCCCUCUCAACCACUCAACUCUCCACUUCAAGCCUGGAGGUAUCUUCCCACAUCCCCGAGCUAACUAGCACGUCUUCACAAUCCACCCCCACAAAAUCCGUUUCACUGGAAACUUCCUCGCAGAAAAGUACAUCACAAACCGAUCAUUCAUCUAGCAGCAGUAUCCAUACUUCUAAUCUCUCAUCCACCAGUUCCCUCUCAAGCGGAACAAAAAUCCCCACUUCCACAUCCCUUCCUUCCACAUCCAAUACCCUCAAACCGACUCCCUCCUCACCUCCAGAAUCCCUCCCCGCAACCAAAUCAAGCAUAUCCCCCGAGUCCAGCGAAACAACCCCGCAACGAUCUCAGAUUUCCCAAGCAGUGCAGAUAUCCAUUCCUCCUCCUCCUCCUCCACCACCACCUCCACAAAAACAUCUUCCAUUUCUUCCCUCUCUUCCAAUUCAAUCCCCGAAAUCACACCCGGACCCACAAUUUCCAGUUCUUCAUAGUACUAUCGAGAGUAAUACAAUUCCCUCACCAAUAACCACCUCCAGAAUUUCAAGUCAAUCAUUAGCGUCUUCUUCAAUCCCCGAAAUCACACCUUCUUCAUCUACUUCGAGUGUUGCUUCUGGAUUCGUCCCAUCUACUUCAGUCCCCGAAUCAACUUCGCAAGCAACCUCUCCCAAAACUCAUAUAUCUUCCGGACAAUCAGAAAUUAUUCCUUCCCCUUCUUCCUCCACCCCCACAUCUCAAAUAAUCUCUACCGGAUCCCUCACAUCUUCCAUCCAGCCCGAAAUCACACCGCCUUCCUCGGAAUCUUCGGUUUCCAGAUCCAUCUCUUCAAGUAUUAUCUCCGAGGCGAUCCCUAAAAGUACUUCCACCGGAUCCCUCACAUCUUCCACCAAACCUGAAAUCACACCUUCCCCCUCCAACCCAUCAUCUUCCGAAGCUACUCCUUCAUCUCCCAUCUCCGAAGCAAUCCCUCAAACCCUUUCAACCAGCUCCCUAACAUCUUCCACCCAACUCGAAAUUACACCUGCUCCUUCCAGCCUCUCCACCCCCGAUCUUAAUCCAUCAACUUCAGAAACCGAAUUCACUUCGCAGGCCAUUUCCACAGGAUCUCUUCCCUCAUCCGUAGAGCCUCAAAUUACUCCAUCCCCAUCUCCAUCUCCAUCUGAGCCAUCCGAACCAGUGGAAACCUCCGAACAAACCGAAUCACCCAAUCCCAUCGAAACAUCCCAGCCCGAAACUCCAGAAAGUAAUCCAACCGAAACUGCCAUUCCCUCCUCAACCUCAUCUCCCUCAUCCACAUCAAUCAUUUCAUCUGCCGCUUGUACAGCCACCACAGGAGGAAAUUGCUCUACAUGUUAUCAAUACUCUGGUUCUGGCGAUAUCUCGCCUUCUCUCUCCAACGAUACUACUUUGCAAUCUCGCAAACUGCCACAAUCGAUUGCUGGUCGUAUAUCUACUACCAAUCUACACUCAAAGAUAUCCAAACGAGUCACCGGAUCAUUUACUUCGUUUGACGCUGCCACUUCGUGUGUUUUUGGCUCGGUGGAUGUUCCUUCUAUUCCUGAUGCAUCUACUCUAGUCAGCAAAGCAGGUACUCAAACAGAAUACUGGUAUAUUUUGCAAGAUACUCCCGUGAACGCAACGACCUGUCCCGCACUUGGCUUUACAAAAGUUACCGAUGCAGCGCUUGCUUCUCAAUUGAUAAAUUCAAAUGCGGUUGGGUAUACAAAGGCUGGAUCAGGAAUUGAUUGGAAAGCGAAUGCUCCUACCGUUGGCGUAGAUAGUAUUUAUGAAUCAACAAUUCUACAAGGCUUCUUCGCAAGUAGAGUUAACAACAGCAACUGUGCAGCUUUCAAGGCUAUUUUUGAUCAGCCAGAUACUGUCAAUGCAGGAAAAUCUAGGCUACAGACGAUUUGGAAUGCACUUCCUAGUGAUACCAAUCCCGACUAUGCUGGAAUAGAUCAAAAGAUAAGCACCGUCAAAGCACAAGCUUUCACAGGUGAAUUGCAACAAAGUUAUACCAGCAACGAUGAGAAGUUAGCAUAUAUUUCCGAAUUAGCCGUGGCAAUGGCCAUAACCAACGAUGAUGCCAUUGCGAAUCUUUUUCGAAGCACCAAUCUCCGUAUUUACAAGGCACUACUUGCUAUCGAUGCGGUUAUUGGUGCUGAUGCGGGUAUUGGAGCUACCAAUAGUACCACCACGAAUGGUAUCAAAGCAGACUGGGCAUCAACCUACCGAACCUACCGAACCUACCGAACCUACCUCACGAGCCUCCUAACUACCCGCUCCUCGGCCAUCCUCUCCCAAGUCUCUAGCUACCUUGAUAAUGAUCUUGGACCUGCCGCCAGAAAUGAUAACGUUACACUUUCAGAUGGAACGGUAUCGGCAACUGAAAAUUCCAUUGGAAAGGGUGUUGACGCUUUACUAAAUGCGUAUCCUCUGGCUACUGCUUUUACAUUUAACCAGGCCAAAUUAUUAGGAUUUCCUAGUGUGUAG